AUGUCUAUUUCCAACAGCACAAUCUUCAUGCCCUCUGUGUUGACAUUAGUUGGAAUCCCAGGCCUGGAGUCUGUGCAGUGCUGGAUUGGCAUUCCAAUCUUUGCCAUGUACCUCAUUGCCAUUAUUGGGAAUUCCUUGCUUCUGAUCAUCAUCAAAACAGAGCGCAGCCUCCACGAGCCCAUGUACAUUUUCCUGGGCAUGCUAGCAGUCACAGACAUUGCCCUUGCUACCAGCAUUGUGCCCAAGAUGCUUGGAGUCUUUUGGUUUCAUGCACCAGACAUGUAUUUUGAUUCCUGCCUGCUUCAGAUGUGGCUCAUCCACACAUUUCAGGGCACAGAGUCAGGCAUCCUGCUGGCCAUGGCGCUGGACCGUUAUGUUGCCAUCUGCCAUCCACUCAGACACGCUACCAUCUUCACCCACCAGCUUGUAAUGCAAAUUGGGGUUGUUGUUGUUCUCCGUCCUGCCUUUCUGGUAGCCCUGUUUCUAGUACUGAUAAAGUGCAGGCUUGUCUUGUAUCAUUCUACAGUCAUCUCUCACACCUACUGUGAGCACAUGGCCCUUGUAAAGCUGGCGGCAGAAAAUGUCCGAAUCAACAAAAUCUAUGGACUGUUUGUAGCCUUCACGGUUGCAGGAUUUGACCUCAUAUUCGUCACAUUGUCCUACAUGCUGAUAUUCAUCACAGUUUUUCAUUUGCCCCAGAAGGAGGCCAGGUUGAAAGCAUUCAAUACGUGCACUGCUCACAUUUUUGUCUUUCUUCAGUUCUACCUCCUUGCCUUCUUCUCUUUCUUCACACACAGAUUUGGCUCUCAUAUCCCUGCUUAUAUUCAUAUCUUCUUUUCCAGCAUUUACUUAUUGCUCCCUCCAUUUCUCAAUCCACUUGUCUAUGGGGCAAAGACCAAGCAGAUUCGCACUCACCUGGUAAAAAUGUUAUGUUCAUAA